AUAUUUUCUUGCGAAUGCUAUUGAUUGGACGCUUAAAAAUCGGGAAUUUGAGAAAGAGCAUGAAAGCUCUUAUGAAAGCAGUACACCAGGAAAUUCUACUAAGCUGCGAAGUAUUGAAAAAGCACUCGUUACUGACUAUCACAAUUUUCAUGUCGCCGCCUUCCGUUCUGUGGAUGAUAUCAUUUCAAGUUCCUCCCAGCGUGCUAAAAAGGAUCUGGAUUCUGAUUUAGAUAGUGCGUGCAGUACACCAGCAGCAAGGCAGCAGUUAAAUGAAACCGUUUCGAAUAUGCAAAAUGAUAUCGAUGAACUUUGUGUAGAGAUUAUUAUGUGGAAUGAUUUUACACGUGCCAUUUUUCGGAAUAUGACAACAUUUUUGGCCCAAACGAAAGAGGGUCGUGCUUUCUAUUCAAAAUCGAAUUUUAUAAAUUCGGAUAGCCUGUGGAUGCAAAUGUCAACGUUAUUUAAAAUGAGUGAAUUACUUCGCUUGAUUGGGAAUAUCGUGAAUAGCACCGAAGAGCUCUACAGCCAAUCAAAUAUGUUCACGAAAAAUUUGGAUGCAGUUGUAAAACAAGUACUGACACCAUAUUUGGACGAAGUGAAUGAUGAUUUAGAAGGAAGAGGCAAUACUCUUCGUGUUCUUUCCCAAAAUUUGACGGACGAGUUUGCUGCGAAUGAUGCAAAGCUAAGAUCAACCGAUAGCUCCGACGAGGAACGCAAAUACAAAGCAGCUCCCACGUGGGUGUUGAUUUUCGAAUGGCUAUGCUUCGUUUGGAUAAUUUUGAUAGUAUUUAUCUUACUGAUGGCAUUGAUAUUAAGAUGUUGCGGACAACGCUGGAGAGGCGAGAGUGAACUUGAAAGAAAAAAAAAAUGCUGCAGUCAGCAGUGUGGUUCCUCUUUAUUCCAAUUAACAGUCUAUAUGAUGAGCUUGUUAUAUCUGCUCGCUCUUCUACCCAUAUGGUGGAACUACGAAUAUGGUGUGGCCGCCUACAAUGAACGGUGCACAAGGGAGAGACUUGAAAGAGCUCAACAAUACAGAUAUAGACGAUCCGUAAGUAAUUUGGGUGCUGAAACAACUUCGAACCUAUCUGCUUCAGAAACAACGGAUGAAACGUUGGCUUUAUUUUCCGAAGCAUCGGACGCGUUAGCAUCUGCAGAUAGAAAUCAGUCGAUGAGCGAAAGAGGUGAAGCCGAUGAAGAGCCUGCGAAUAUUUGUCGAAAUCGGGAAAAUAAUGCAUUUCUGGCGUCAAAUGCUAUGAAA